AUGCAGGAGAGUACAGGAGCAGCCAGAGCCAGGAGGGAGAGCCCUCCCCAAGCAAACAAUCCAGAGCUGCUGUGCAAACACUGGGGCAUAAAUGAGGCCUCCUGGACCAUGAAGUGUGUCCUGAGCUGCAUCCCGGAGCCUAUGGUAGUCAUGGCGGCCAGAGCGCUCUGCAUGCUGGGGCUGGUCUUGGCCUUGGUGUCCUCCAGCUCUGCUGAGUACGUGGGCCUGUCUGCAAACCAGUGUGCCGUGCCGGCCAAGGACAGGGUGGACUGCGGCUACCCCCAGGUCACCCCCGAGCAGUGCAACAACCGGGGCUGCUGCUUUGACUCCAGCAUCCCUGGAGUACCUUGGUGUUUCAAACCCCUGCAGGAACAAGGAGAAUGCUCAUUCUGAGGCACCUCCAGCUGCCCCCGGCCAGGGGAUGCAAAGCUCCGAGCACCCUUGCCCGGCCGUGAUUGCUGCCGGGCGCUGUUCAUCCCAGCUUUUCUGUCCAUUUGCUCCUGGCAAGUGCUUCUGCUGAAAGUUCAUGUCUGGAGCCUGAUGUCUUAACGA